AUGGAGUAUUUUGCGAAGGAGAUCCAGGCAGUAAAAUCAAACUCAAAACUUCAAGGAUCGACAAAAUGGUUAUGUCCUUUUAUCGAGGACAGAAAUGGUCUUUUGUUGUUGAGAGUAGGUGGCAGAUUGAAACAUGCUGACAUUCCAGAGGAAAACAAACAUCCGAUGUUGCUUCCAAAAGAUUGCAAUUUCAGCAAAGAACUUAUUCGACAUUUGCACUAUUCUAACUACCAUGCAGGUCCAAAGGCUCUUGUGGCGCUAACGAGACAAAGAUUUUGGAUCAUCAAUGUUCGACAGUUGGCACGCAGCGUUAUUCGAAGGUGCACUCAUUGUGCAAGAUAUCGACCGAAGUUAUAUGACCAAGUAAUGGGAGAUUUGCCUGCAGAAAGAUUAACAUCUUCACGUCCAUUUUUAUGCUGUGGGGUUGAUUUCUGUGGUCCUAUUUACACAUACUACAAAAUUAGGGGGAAGGUGCCUUAUAAAACCUAUGUGGCAGUUUUUGUCUGCUUCGCUUCGAAAGCGGUUCACUUAGAAGCUGUAUCAGACCUUUCAGCAGACGCUUUUAUAGGAGCAUUAAAAAGAAUGAUAGGUCGUAGAGGUAUUCCCAAAGACAUCCACUGUGACAACGCGACAAAUUUUGUUGGCGCACAGUCAAAACUAAGCGAGUUGCGAGAUAUGUUGUUCAAAAAAUCCAACCAAGAAAAUCUCAUUAAUUAUUGUACUAAUUCCAAUAUAAAUUUUCAUUUUAUACCCCCCAGGGCACCCAAUUUUGGUGGAAUUUGGGAAGCUGCAGUUAAAGUCGCUAAGGGUCAUUUGUAUCGCAGCCUUGGAAACGCCAAAUUGUCAUUCGAAGAGCUGUCAACUGCACUUGUCGAGAUUGAGGCCAUCAUGAAUUCGAGGCCUAUUACUUCUAUAUCAACAGAUCCAAACGACUUCGAAGCCCUAACACCAGCACAUCUCCUGAUCGGGUCCUCUCUCAAGGCGAUUCCCGAACUAUUGACUGAGGUAUCCGACAUAAGCUAUCUCGAAAGGUGGCGGCGAAUUAACGCUGUCAAAACUCAUUUCUGGAAGCGAUGGUCCAACGAGUACGUCACUGAACUGCAAGGUCGUGGAAAGUGGACAACAUCAAGUCCAAAUAUCGCUAUCGGCAGCUUGGUCAUCAUUCACGAAAACAAUUUACCACCCCAAAAAUGGCUCUUGGGAAGAGUCACCAAAGUCAUCGAAGGUCCUGAUGGGCGAGUAAGAGUCGCCGAUGUUAAAACUCAACGAGGAACAUUUCGAAGACCUAUUCGCAAAUUGGCGGCGAUUCCGUCUUGA